CCCCGCCCCGCCGCUCUCAGCGCAUGCGCCGGCCGCGCUCCGCCCCUCCGCCCGGCGCUACAUCUGCUCGCGCCGGCGCACGUGACCCGGAAGCGAUGGACGGGGCGGGGCCUGGCCCGGCCUGGAGGAGUCACGUGCGCCGGGAGCUGGAGCGGCGCGAGCGUGAGACGCGGCGGCUGCGGGGCCUGGUGCAGAGCCAUGAGAAACUCCUGGAGCGCAGGGACCUGGAGCGGCUGCUGGCAGAGAAACUUCAGAUGGAGCCAGGGACCCAGGAAUCCAGGACCCCGCAGGAGCUGGCAUCCCUGCAGCUGCAGCAGGCGGUGGAGCUGGCGGAGCUGCGGGGGGCCGAGGAGGAGCUGGCCCAGAGCGUGUCCCAUCUGAGCGACGCCCUGAAAUGCAGCGAGGCCGAAUGCCAGGAGCAGCGGGCCAGGGCGAGGCGCUGUGCCCGGGAGCUGGCAGGGCUCUCAGAGCGCUGCCAGGAGCUGCAGGCCCAGCUGUGGGAGCGGGGCCAGGAGGCCGAGGGGCUGCGGGCGGCGCUGGGGGCGGCGCUGCGGGCACGGGACCAACUCGAGGCCCGGUGGGUGCAGGAGAAGCAGCUGGAGGCACAGAGGGUGAACGAGGCCAACACCCGGGAGGAAAGGUACCGGAACCAGGUGUCUCGGCUACACCAGAAGCUGGAGAGGCUGCGACUGGGAGGAACAGCUGGAACCUCCUGGCUGGGCGCGGAGCUGGUGAUGAGUGAAAACAUGGCCUGCGAAGAGCUGAUCCGGUGCCCGGAGCCACUGCUGAGCUGGACAGAGACGCCCCCUAAGCGGCUGCAGCGGGGACCCCCCGUUCCUGGGAGCAUUGGGGUGUCUGCGUGUGCCGGCCUCCAGCUCUGCCCUGCCCCCCCCAUUCCCCCAGGGCUGAUUCCCCCGCCCUUGUAUGCAAACGCUGCCUCCCACUCAUGUCUAGCUUUGCAUAUGCAUCGUGCUCAUUUGCAUAAAAUCUCCCCUUCCCCUGGAGAUGCUGCCUAGUGUGUGGGCCUCCCGCUGCCGCUCUAGCCCCCCCCGCCCCAGCCGCUCUCUAUGGUUGUGGGGCAACUGGCUUUGGCCCAGACCCCCCCUCGAACCAUAGAGCUGAGGCCUAGCCAGGUGCCUAUGGCCAGGGAGGUGAUGCUCUAGCCAAUGUCUCUGUGGUCUUGGGGGGGGAGGGGUGGCCGGCCUAGUGCAGUCCUCCAGGCCUGUUGCCAUAGAGAUGCAGGCCAGAGUGCCUCCUUCAGCAGCAUCUCCAUGGUGAUGAGACAGUUCUAGCCCUGGCUGAGUCCUCCAGGACCACCACCAUAGAGUCCCAGGCAGAGUGUCACCACCCACAGCCGUUACCAUAGAGAUACAGUGGGGGAGGGGGGCACAUGAGCCAUGUCUAGGCACAGUCUCUAUGGCCAGUCCUAGAGUCACCCUGGCCUCCACCCAGAGCAUGGCAGCCUAGAGUAGGGGCUGAAGCCGGGGCCACUCUAGACGCAGUUGUUAGGACUCUAUGGUUAGCACCAUAGAGAGGAAGCCUUUGCCUUUCAGGGAGGGGUACACUCUAGGCAGGGGGUGGUUAGUCCUCCAGGACAUAGAGAUGAGCUUAGAAAUCCUCUCCCCCCCCCCACCUCUGUGGCUGAGAUGCACCCACCUCUGGGGCGGGGCGGCCGGGUACCCGGGGACCCCUCGCCCGGCACCGAGAUGCAGCCACCUCUGGGG